AUGCUCACAUUGGAGAUCUCCCUCGAGUCUCUGAUGGUUGUCAUCCUUUUUGCUGUACUUGCCGCCUUAGGCAUCCAGUCUGGAGCUUUUCACUACCGAGAAUACCUCAAUGAUCCAUCCGACCACGACGGGAUCCCCGCAUGGAGCUGGCAGCGCGAUUCCUCUGGAGCUCACCGUCACGGUACUCGGCUCAAGAAAGAACAGUCCGAAAUUCAGCAGCUUCUCGAACGGAUGCCCUUGCGUGGAAGCGGGGACGUUUGGGAUGCAGGAGAACGUGUAUCACGACAAGUCCAUCAUCCUCGGCAGCGAUAUCGAGGCCCGCAUCAGCAGUUCAACGAUUUCUCGCUAGACAUGCACGGCAACUUUCAGGAUCUGACUCAGGCGCAACAGUACAAUUCAAUGCAGAACGAGCUAUACGGCAAGAAUCGUGGGAGGCAGGCCAAUUACCACAUUCCAUCGGCGCGUGCAUUCCACUCGGAUUCUGGCACCAAUACGGACCGAGGACUCCAGACUGGUCAUGCAAGCAUGAUAGAGACCGAGAGCGCGGAUGGAAUCGUACAGACACAAGAUCAGCAAGAACCGGAUCGUCCGGAAACGAGUGUGUUGGAGCCCCAGGCUUCGCUGGUCGUUGAAGCAGUCUCCAAUUUGCCAAAGCGUUACAGUGCAUCAGCGUAG